UGAUCUGAAUUGAUACCGGCAGCGACCGAUUCUGUAACCGAUUUCCUGUUUUUAAAACCCUGGUUGAGAAGAAAAUUCCAUAUUUGCCACUUCCUUCUUCCUAUUGUUCUUUGUUCUUCCAGUUCUCCCCGCAGGUUACUGCGGUGAACUAUUUGCAACGGUCGACGAGUCUCUUCAUAGUUCAUACUCUGCUAACCCUAGAGCCUGAAGAUAAAAAAAAGAGAGGAGUAUAACAGUAUUAUAUCCUCACUUCUCCCAUUCCAUCUCCUCCUCCUUCGUCGCCAUAGUUCCCUCUCUUCGCGGUCAGGCCUCAUCUAAUUCAGGAGAUGGAGUACGUUAGCCCCGAAGGGCUUCGAUUAGAUGGCCGUCGCCCUAUGGAAAUGAGGCAGAUCCGUGCAGAGAUUGGCGCUGUGUCCAAGGCUGAUGGCUCUGCUGUUUUCGAGAUGGGAAACACCAAGGUCAUUGCGGCAGUGUAUGGCCCUAGAGAGGUCCAGAAUAGAAGCCAACAAAUUAAUGAUCAGGCUCUCGUGCGCUGUGAAUAUAGCAUGGCUAAUUUUAGCACUGGAGAUCGUAUGCGGAAACCAAAGGGUGACAGGCGAUCCACGGAGAUAUCUCUUGUUAUUCGCCAAACCAUGGAAGCAUGCAUAUUGACACACUUAAUGCCUCGUUCUCAGAUUGAUAUAUUUGUUCAAGUUCUUCAAGCUGAUGGAGGAACAAGAUCAGCAUGCAUCAAUGCUGCAACUUUGGCCCUUGCAGAUGCUGGGAUUCCAAUGCGAGACAUUGUUACUUCAUGUAGUGCUGGAUAUCUCAAUAGCACUCCUUUGCUUGGUACCAAAUGUGAAGAUCUAAACUAUGUGGAAGAUAGUGCUGGAGGCCCAGAUGUCACUGUAGGAAUUCUAACAAAGCUGGAUAAAGUGACUCUUCUUCAGAUGGAUGCAAAGCUACCAAUGGACAUCUUCGAGAAUGUCAUGCAACUUGCGAUAGAAGGGUGCAAGGCUAUAGCAAACUACAUUCGAGAGGUACUGCUGGAGAAUACAAAGGAAUUGGAGUAUCGGCGGGGCAUAUAAUUUCUGUCGAGGUAUGGAGCUUAAAUUCCUAUGUUGCGGGUUAUUCCCCAACAACUUACCUCAACACCUGCAAGGGGUACAACUCAGGCACCAAGUCUUAAUUUUGGAUUAUUCUUUCUUGAUUUUGCACAUCACCUAUGGACCUUGAAGUGACCAAUUGUAGGAGAGUCCACUCUGGUUCUUUUUGGUGUAAAAUUGCAGCCCUUGACUGCAGGGAGGUUGCACCCUUCUUUUCUAUAGAGUUUGAGAGCUUGAUUGAUCAAAGAAAAGUUAGUGGAGUUCAGAAUGAGUUCUUCUUUGUUCUUUUUCCUCUUUAUUAUUUAUGUUGACAAAAGGAAAAAGUAUAUCAUUGUUCUAACUGGAAGAUUUAUUCCAUAUUGCAUUGUGUGCAAUUGUUGUUUUUGUAAAA